GAAGGGGCGGGAAGAAGGGAGUGGAGAGCCUGCGAGGGAGGCGGCGGUGUUUGUGCUGCUCGGCGGUGGCACGUUAUCCCCACGACCAUGGACACCCCGGGGUAGGGCCCCUCUCCCAGCGGGGUGGCUGCGGCCCCUCCGCGCCCGCCGAGACGCAGCGCCCGCGGCAACAUGCCAGCUCCUGAGCAGACACCCCUGGAGGAAGGCCUGCAUCAGAAUCCCCAAGAAUCUUCCACAAGCCCGGGCAUGGAAACAGAGGCUACUGCUACCACUAUUCUGGCUUCUGUAAAAGAACAGGAACUCCAGUUUCAAAGGCUCACCAGAGAGCUUGAGGUGGAAAGACAAAUUGUUGCCAGUCAGUUGGAAAGAUGCAGGCUUGGAACGGAAUCACCGAGCCUUGCAAGCACAAGCUCUACUGAAAAAUCAUUUCCCUGGAGAUCAGCAGAUUUGCCAAACACAGGUGUAAAUAAACUCAGAACAUCUGAUAGUAUUCAUAUUACUUCUUAUCAUGUUGGAACAGAGCCAGAACAAGGGAAUCUCUACUCACCAGAGCAGACAUCGCUCCAUGAAAGAUCAGUGGGUAACUCAAGAAGCUCAACACAGAUGAAUUCCUACUCAGACAGUGGAUAUCAGGAAGUAAGCAGUUUCCAUAAUACCCAGAACCUUAGCAAGGGAGAAAACAGACAGCAGCAUUCCUUUAUUGGCGCAAAUAAUAACCAUUUGGUGAGAAGUUCAAGGGCUGAAGGACAAGCUUUAGUUCAGACAUCAAACAUAGCUGCCAACAGAGCCAUGAGACGCGUAAGUUCUGUUCCAUCAAGAGCCCAGUCUCCCUCAUAUGUAACUACCACAGGAGUUUCCCCUUCAAGGGGAUCGCUCAGAACUUCUCUAGGAAGUGGCUAUGGUUCACCAUCUGUCACUGAAUCACGGUCUCUUAAUUCUAAUGUGUUUUCAUCAACGUUACCUGCGCAACGAGCAGCAUCUCCAUUUACUACACAGAGACCUGCUUCGCCAGUAGCACUGCGCCGCAUGGGCUCAGUAACAUCCAGGCAGCCAACUAACCCCAAUGGGGGUACUCCACAGUAUCAGACUUCAGUCAGAGUUGGCUCACCUCUUUCGCUAAAUGAAACUCAAACAAGAGUAGGCUCUCCACCCCCAACCCAAGUUGGAUCUUCAUCACCAAAGCGUUCUGGAAUGACUGCGGUUCCGCAGCAUUUGGGAACAACGUUACAACGGACAAUUCAUGACAUUGAGCAAUAUACACAACAGUAUGAUAUCUAUGAAAGAAUGGUUCCACCCCGGCCUGAUAGCCUUACAGGUUUGAGAAGCUCAUAUGCUAGUCAGCACAGUCAACUUGGCCAAGAGCUACGUUCAACUGUAUCUCCUGAACUACACAUUACUCCCAUAUAUGAAGGCAGAACCUAUUAUAGUCCAGUAUAUCAUAGUCCUAAUCAUGGAUCAGCUGAUGUGCAUCAAGGGUCUCAAACAGCAUUAUAUCGAACUGGAUCAGGUGUUGGAAAUCUGCAAAGAUCUUCCAGUCAGCGUAGCACGCUUACAUACCAAAGAAACAAUUAUGCUCUGAACACAACAGCUACCUACGCGGAACCCUACAGGUCGCUUCAUUAUCGGCUUCCAGAGUCCAAUUACAACAGGAUGCAGCAUGCAACUCCAGCAGAUGAUGGGACAACGAGAUCUCCAUCCAUAGACAGUAUCCAGAAAGAUCCCAGAGAAUUUGCAUGGCGGGAUCCAGAAUUGCCUGAAGUAAUUCACAUGCUUCAGCAUCAGUUCCCAUCAGUUCAAGCCAACGCCGCAGCCUACCUACAGCACCUGUGCUUUGGAGAUAACAAAGUAAAAACGGAGGUGUGUAGGUUAGGAGGAAUCAAACAUCUGGUUGACCUGUUGGAUCACAGGGUCCUUGAAGUUCAGAAGAACGCUUGUGGUGCUCUGCGAAACCUGGUUUAUGGAAAGUCUACUGAUGAGAAUAAAAUAGCAAUGAAAAAUGUUGGUGGGAUACCUGCACUUUUACGCUUGCUAAGAAAAUCAAUUGAUGCAGAAGUAAGAGAACUUGUCACAGGUGUUCUCUGGAACCUGUCUUCAUGCGAUGCAGUAAAAAUGACAAUCAUUCGAGAUGCUCUGUCAACAUUAACAAACACUGUGAUAGUUCCUCAUUCUGGGUGGAAUAAUUCUUCCUUUGAUGAUGAUCAUAAAAUUAAAUUCCAGACUUCUCUAGUUCUGCGCAACACAACAGGAUGCCUGAGGAAUCUAAGCUCCGCAGGUGAGGAGGCACGGAAACAGAUGAGAACUUGUGAAGGCCUGGUUGAUUCUUUGUUAUAUGUGAUCCACACAUGUGUGAACACGUCUGAUUAUGACAGCAAGACAGUAGAAAACUGUGUGUGCACACUACGAAACCUUUCCUACCGUCUAGAGCUUGAGGUACCUCAGGCUCGUCUUCUGGGUAUAAAUGAACUGGAUGUUUUUGGAAAAGAGUCGCCUAGUAAAGAUUCAGAGCCAAGUUGCUGGGGGAAGAAGAAGAAGAAAAAGAAGAAAACUUCACAAGAGGAUCAGUGGGAUGGAGUUGGUCCAAUACCAGGAUUGUCCAAGUCUCCCAAAGGUGUGGAAAUGCUGUGGCAUCCUUCUGUAGUAAAACCAUAUCUAACUCUUCUAGCUGAAAGCUCCAAUCCUGCCACUUUGGAGGGCUCUGCAGGAUCUCUCCAGAAUCUGUCUGCAGGCAACUGGAAGUUUGCAGCUUAUAUCCGAGCUGCUGUUAGAAAAGAGAAAGGGCUUCCGAUUCUCGUGGAACUGCUAAGAAUGGACAACGACAGGGUUGUUUCUUCUGUGGCCACCGCUUUGAGAAAUAUGGCAUUAGAUGUUCGCAACAAGGAGCUUAUUGGUAAAUAUGCUAUGCGAGACCUGGUGAAUCGCCUUCCUGGAGGCAAUGGACCCAACAUUCUCUCUGAUGAAACGGUGGCGGCAAUCUGUUGUGCUCUGCAUGAAGUCACCAGCAAAAACAUGGAAAAUGCCAAAGCCUUAGCUGACACAGGAGGAAUAGAAAAACUGGUGAACAUAACCAAAGGCAGGGGGGACAGGUCAUCACUGAAGGUUGUCAAGGCAGCAGCCCAGGUGCUAAACACAUUGUGGCAAUACCGUGACCUCCGAAGCAUAUAUAAAAAGGAUGGUUGGAAUCAAAAUCAUUUUAUUACCCCAGUGUCAACACUCGAGCGUGACAGAUUCAAGUCACAUCCCUCCUUGUCUACAACAAAUCAGCAAAUGUCACCUAUCAUUCAGUCAGUUGGCAGCACAUCUUCAUCACCGGCGCUAUUAGGAAUUAGAGAUCCUCGUUCCGAUUAUGAUAGGACACAGACUUCUAUGCAGUAUUACAAUAGCCAAGGUGAUGGGAUUGCACAUAAAGACAUCUAUACUGGGUCCAGCAAACCAUCACCAAUUUAUAUCAGUUCCUAUUCUUCGCCAGCAAGGGACCAAAAUAGACGACUGCAGCAUCAGCAGUUGUACUACAGUCAAGAUGAUUCCAGUAGAAAGAACUAUGAUGCGUACAGGUUAUAUUUGCAAUCACCACAUAGCUACGAAGACCCCUAUUUUGAUGAUCGAGUUCACUUCCCGGCUGCUACAGAUUACUCAGCACAGUAUGGACUGAAAACAACCACAAACUAUGUAGACUUCUAUUCCACCAGACGACCUUCUUAUAGAGCCGAACAAUAUCCCGGGUCACCUGAUUCCUGGGUGUAGCAUUAGAAAAAAAUCACAAAGAACGACACUGUAUCUUUCUAACUUUGCUUGAGAAGAGAUUUGAGUUAUAGGUUUGCAGUUUUGAGGGAGAAAUGUGAAAGUGAAUUACAAAGAAGGGGGGAAAAGGAAGAGCUUCUUUUCAAGGGGAUUAUCAGGAAGACAUGAAAGGAAUUGGAAAGGGAGAACUUUUGCUCUGUCUAGAUGUUAGAUCUAAUAACUUGUAGUUCCUGUAGUCUGGUGAAGGUGUGGGCAAUGUGAUGAAAGGUUUGAGAAUUGGAAGGAGAAAUGGUUUUGAGAAAUGCAUAGGUCAGAUCAAAUUGCCGAUGAUUUUUUUAAAAAAAAUGUGAAUAAAAGUCUUGUUCUCAUAGUUUGUACAGAAAAAAUGGAUGCCGUUCUUGUUUUACUGCUACUACUAAAUGUCAAGAUUGUAUGCUAUCAUGUAUUGUAAAUUUAUUUUAGUUUGUGUAAAUAUGGAAAUGCCACAUUGGUUGAAAGUGCCAUCAUUUGUAAUGCCGUGUGUCAUUUUAAAAACCAAUUUUAAAAGCUGACAACUUUAAAAAGAGAGAGAGAGAGAAAGAGACAAAAUAUAAGGAAUUGUUAUAAAUAAAUAUCAUUUUGUUUUUAAAAUGAAUGGUGUAAUUUUGAAGCACAAACCUCAGUCCAAUAUAUCUGCAUCUUUCUCAUUCCCUGCCUCUUUCAUAGAAAUACAUCACUGCCAUUUUUUAUGCAUAUGGGAAAAAAAUAAAUAUGGAAGUCUCAU